AACGUUUGCAAGUGUAAAAGUCACUGUCGAUGUUUAAAUUAUUGAUUUUGUUUCCAGUGGUAUCAUCAGAUAUGUCUUGUUUGACAUUAUACAAAUAAUGAGUACCGUACAUGUAUAAUUUUUAUAUCAACAGCGUCAAUUUUUUUAUUAAAAUAAUUACCCCUAAAAGGCCCCAUGUGAGUCAAAGUCAUGCGAACUCUUUAGUCAUCUGCGGCUGUUACAAAUGCCUCCUCAUUACUAAAUCGCGGAAUGCUUAAUUCCCUGGCGUAGGGUUGAUAUUUAAUUACAAUAUAGCAUCAAUUUUUUUUAUAGUUUUUACGAUGUAAUAUAGUUUUCAUCUUCAAGUGGGAACAGAUUUUAUCCUCCAAAAAACAUUCGCUACCGGUGGGAGAUGAUUGUAAAAGCGGUACUUCCUCCUCCGUGAUAAACAAACUUUUUGGACGUUAGAAAAAGAAAGAAGAACCGCCUAAGAUGGCCAAUCGCCCGGUAUCAGCGAUGAGUUUGCGGUCACAGAUCAAAGAGAACUAUCUAACAUGUGCCAUAUGUUUUAAUCCGUUUGACAGACCAAAAGCCUUGCCAUGUCUCCAUACGUUCUGUCUGGACUGUCUCCGAGAUUUUGUCACAAGUCGGGGGUACGAGAGUACCGGUAAGUUUCCUUGUCCCGUCUGUCGAGAGGACACCACGUUGCCUACAGAAGGUGUGAAGGGAUUCCCCGAUAACUAUUAUAUUACAAGUCUCAAAGACACUGUAGAAAAACCUGCGAGACCUGCCCCGCCUUGUCCAGAUAGAGGCCCCAUGGGGUUUGCUUCCCACCCCUUCGCCCCUGCCCCAGUGCAAACAGCCAGACCGCCGACUAUUGUCGAAGGAGACUGGGAAAAAGUUACACCUGAAACACCCGAGCCACUAUAUCCGAGCGUGCCAGAAAUGGUGACAGUCCCUGAAACAAUGCCCUCUCCCUGUGACCAAUCUGGGUUGCCAUGCACUGCAGGCAUGUUGCUCAAAUUUGGUAAAUGGGCUGCAACAAUUAACGACUUUCAGAAACCGUAUGGGUUAACAGUCGGCAAAAAUGGAGAAUUCAUUAUCACAGACCGAGGUACAGAUCAUUCUAAUAGAGUUUUAGUCUUUUCAAAGUCAGGUGAAAUUCUAUCAAGAUUUGCAUGUCCAGGACAACACACAAAAGCUGCCAGUGUUGCAAUGACACAUGACAACAACAUAAUGGUUGCAAUUAACAACUCGCCAGGAAAUGCAAUUAUGCAGGAGUAUAACUUUGACGGGAAAAUGUUGAAAUCUUAUGGAGAUUUUUACCGCCACGAUAAGCCAAGCGGUAUUGCUAUUUCCUCAAAAAAUCAUGUUGCAAUAACAAACCUUGAGGGACAUAAUGUGCUUCUAUUUACAGAUCAACGGAAAUUUUCUAUGAAAUUUGGCUGGAAAGGCUCAGGAGACAAUCAUUUUAUGUUCCCACAAUUUGUCACCUUUAACCAUAAGGACUACAUCAUUGUGAGCGACUCUGGAAAUGACUGUAUCAAAUUGUUUGAUUCAACUGGAAACUUCAAACGAAAGUUCGGAGAGUCAGGAAGUGCCUCAGGAUGUUUGUCGUUGCCAAUGGGAAUUGCGGUUGACGACAGAAACAAUAUUAUUGUAGCAGAUGCAGGGAAUUUUCGUGUGGAAAUAUUUACAUCAAAAGGACAACACAUACGUACACUCGUGAAGGACACUGAUUUAAUAAGCUCCAACGUAAAACCUCUAAAUGUAGCAGUGACAAAAGGGAAUAACAUUGCAGUUUUGUUUAGUGGACCACAGUUUGCUGAAGUGAGGGUGUACAAGUGGGGUGUGGGCAGUACAAUCUAGAAUCUUCAAGGAAGUAUCUGUAUUACAGCAGCUGCUAGCACCACUUUGUUAAUCACAGGAGUGGUUGUUAGAUACAUAUUUAUUUUUUUGAGUUAGCUGAUAUAAUUGAGAAAACUUGUGUAAUAUUCAAAAUACAGAAGACAAAAAUGCAAGCAUCAGAUUAACUUGUGUCUAUAGAAAAUUCAAGUAACCAACUGGAGUGAACUGGAUACAAUCCCUCCAACUAAUUAUAAUAUUUUUACAAAACAUAUAAGUUAAAACGAGGCAUGUUAUAGCCUUAUUUUAUGUCUAUAUUUGUACAAAAUUUCGUACAUAAAUAUUAUUCACAAUGUUUGGGAACUGUUUGGUGUUACAUAUGACAUGAUGGUUGAAAUAUAACAGUACUCAGGCGGGUAUUGGAUUAUGUCAAAUGUAAUGAACAAUAUACAUGUGUAAGUGUGCAAAUCAAUCCCAUUCCCAAUGUCUCUACAAAAUGUUAUCGUUUUCCAAAAGAAAUUAAAAACUUAGAUAAGAAAAAAAAGAUGGUCAAAAUUGGUGUGUGCUACAUGUAUAUCUAGAAUUUUACACUGCAUUAUAAUUAAUUGUCCAGUGUUUGUACGCAGAAUGCAGCUUUCUGAUUGGUUGAGAUUUUUUUUUUCAUACCUCUAUGAAAAAAAUCCGAAAUUGGCACGAAAAAUGUGACGUCACAAUACGGCCAUUGACAUUGCGUAAUGAUUUGUGAAAAAGAAUCCCUUAUCAGGUCAGUUCAAAUGUACAUAAAACAUGUUUUAAUUUUGAAAAUCAAUUUCAAAAAUUAAUUAUAAGUGUGAUGUCAAUUAUUUAUUUAGUUUCAUAGGGGUAUGGAAAAAAAGUUGUUUGCAAACUUUUGUAAUAAUCCGCAACUUUGAAUUUUCAGAUGAGUCGAGUUCAAAUGAAUUUUGCGAAUUGUAUUUUGAAUAUAUGCUUUAGCGUUAAGUAAAUGUAUUAUACAUUAUCAUAUCAUUUGUUCUGGAUCUGUGAUUUUUGUGCUGUUUAUGAUUUUUUCUUUGUAUUAGAAAUUAAUAUUGUACAGUGUAUUGUGAAAUGGUGUCUAGAUUCUUUAAUUUGUCUACUUUGUUAUCUAGAUCUAGUCCAAGUCAUAUAAUUGCUGUGGAGUUGAUGUGAUGUGACAAGUUGUAGGAUAUUUGUUCAUUAUCCAAUUAUUAUUAUUUAUACAGUCCCAAUUCACAGUUGCAGAGUUCAUCAUAACAUACACACACAUUGUGUUUAUAUUUAAUGUCUGUUUGACAUUUUUUAUUUAUUUAUUUUUUUUGUAAACUUCACUCAUGGUCAUAUGUGCGUAAAAACCGUGAGCCCAACAUGGAGAUUCAUUCAAUGGUCCGAUUUAUUGGAGAGCGUUGUUGACAUGUUCACGGAUAGUAGUACUAGUGAGCAGUCUGUUUCAGGUUGAAAUAACUUGAAUGCUAUACCAUUACAGUGGUUUUUUUUCGGGGUAUUUUGAGAGAAUCCAAUUGACAAAAUAAGGGGAAAUUUUACAUUGAAAUUAUGUUAAAAAUUUACCUGUAAUAAUUGUUUGACAUUUAUCGGUUUUAUAAUGCAUUGUAUUUCUACAAGGUGGUACACACUAAUUUUGACCCUUGUCUGUCCUGUUUUCUAAUCUAUGUUGUGUAAUAUUUGCUGUUUUAAUCUAUGUUUUUUUUAGUUUUUUGUAGUAUGGACAUAAUUGGGAAUAUUAAUUUCUUUUUGUGGAAAAGUAAAACUAAAAUGCAUUAGGAAUGGGGUCGUAUUUGGCACCCAGUUAUUUAGACAGGAAAAACUGAUAUACUUAAUCUGACAUUUGACUUAUCUCCCUUGGAAUGUGUUGGUUGACAUCUAUCAAUGUAGGUGAUCUGCAUUUCAUUAUUCAACUUCUUAACUUCAUUACUGGCUAUACAUAUUAUCACUUUUCAAAAUGAUACAUGAAAAGUUUCUAAGGAAAAAAAUAUAAGGUUUGAAUCUGUAAACUUGAAUGUUGCCAGCUGUACAUCUGGCCCUUUGUCAAUAAGACACAAACACAAAUGUUAAUUUAACACAGAAAUCUGUACAAUAUUUGUCCUGUCAAAUCUGUUCAGAACACAAAAGGCCAAACGAUGAUUACACACACUACAUGGGAGUACAAAAAUCUAAUAUAUAUGUAUACAUUACGAAUACUUGGUAUUACCAGGCAUAUGUGUAUACAUGUUUAUCCCUAGCUAUAUAGGGCCAGAUCAAUUAUCCAUAUAUAUAGAACCUUGUAAAAUUUGUAACGGCCGUCUCUUUGUCCUGCAUCGAUAGUGUAUGUUAAAUCAACAUGUUUUAACGGCCGUCUCUGUCCUGCAUCGAUAGUGUAUGUUAAAUCAACAUGUUAUAACGGCCGUCUCUCUGUCCUGCAUCGAUAGUGUAUGUUAAAUCAACAUGUUAUAACGGCCGUCUCUCUGUCCUGCAUCGAUAAUGUAUGUUAAAUCAACAUGUUAGUGCCUUCAGUAUGCUCAAGUAAUGAAACAUAUAAACAGCAAAAAUUGCAAAAAAAAAUAUUUAUACAUGUAUGUUAAAAUUGAAAUUAUACAAUGUUAAUAACAUGUAAUAACAAAAUACACUAUGUAAUUUGUUGUAAAUCAUAUGUGGAUAUCAAUAACUGUGCAAUUAUAUGAGAAUUUAAAACAAAAAAGAUAUAUGAAAAUCUAAUAAUCAAAUGCAUUUAAUUUGGAAUGAAUCGUCUUGUGUGUUCAAUUUGUGUAUAUAUUGGUUAAACCUCUGGUUAGUUUCAACAAAAUUAAAUACUGUCCAUCCUGUUCAAACUAUUCAAAAUUAUAGGUUGAAAAAUUAAAUUUAAAAUUGAAUUAUCAGAGUCGACAUCAUGUAUAUAUAUACUGUGACGUCGUUUUAUUCUUUAUUCUUAAUUAAUAAUAUUGUUGUUAAAAUUUGAAUGAAUGAUAUACAUGUACUAAAAAUAUCAUGUGACCAAUACUUUUGGCACGUCUACACAUCACAUUUAUAGUCCAAACAUGUUUAGUGCACUGGUUCAGUCAUUUGUAAAUUAUUAUCAUAAUAUUUGAAUGAUAUUUUAUAGAAUCUUAAACAAAUAUGUCUAGUUACAAACAUCGCGAGAUCGGCAACAAUUUUAAUAUCAAAUCAGUACUCCAUUCGAUAUUGAUAGGAUAUUUAUGUUAUACACAGUUGGGGCCUUAAGUUCUGUUUUGGUGUUGGGUGCACACAAUGUUUUGACAGUCCAGAUACUUCAUUAACAUGAAUGGUUUGUUUGUAAAAUUUGGACUUAAUUGAUCACGCAAUAACUGUAGUCCAUUACCACAAAGUUUAAAUUUCUGUAUAUGAGAUAUGUUGUUCAUUUUUCCAUGGCCGAUCUUUCAAUAUAGGAAAUACAAAGAUUAAGCUUCACAGUAGGCUUAAUCAGCUUCUAGGCCAAAAUUGAACUAGCUGAAAUGUGGGUCUAUAUAAAUCGGCUAGGUUUGAACUACAGUGUUGUACUAGCUAGAAAAUUAUUGGUUUUCUAGAAAAAAAAAUGUGUUCAAACUAACUGGAGGUCUACCCUAUGCUUUUUUUCAUAUGCAAAUCAAUCCAAUCCAAUCCAAUUUGAUUCCAAACCCUGUAUGGGUAUACGUAGAUGGUACUAUUCUUAUAUCCAGCUUAAAUGUCUAUUUCAAGAUUUGAAAUUUUAUAUAUUAAAUGGCAAUUUCUUGGUAAUAAAAGGUUAGUGAUUUAAAAGUGCACUUUUGUGAUAUAUCUUUGUUGGAGUAUUUUACCUUAUACAAAUGUAAUUAAAUAUUGGUAUGUAAAUGUAUAAACAGUAAAAGUAGACUGAGUUUUUGUUUUCCUGUGAUGGAAAAUGUAAUGUAAUAUUAUACCUUCUGCUAGAUUUGAUGCAAUUUCGUAAAAUUCAAUUUAACAAUUUUUUUGUAUGUGCCUGUAAUCAGAAUUCACUCUAUCUGGUCAGUCUAAUUUGACGAGACAUGUUUAACGGGUGAAGUAAUAGUUAGAAUUAUUAUAAUGCAAUUUUGAAAAAAAAAAUGUUUGAAAAGAAAAAAGAUCUACUGAUAAUAAUCUUUAUGUGUUGGAGAUGAACCUUGAACAAAGAGCUGUUAUGAAAUGUUGGCCCUAGCCUGAACUGAGAUUAACUGAUCUGAAACAUACAUGAUAUCAAAUUCUAUUUUUCUUAUACCUGUAACUAGUAUGGUAAUAGAAUUGUAGUUCAGUUACUUGUGCAACAUUGCUUCAUAUAUAUUGUGUUGCACACACUGGAUUUGAAUGAUGAGUGAUGACUCAAACUUUUUCAGUGCUGUCGAAAAGAAUGUAAAACACAUAUUUUCUUUUCCCCAUCCAGUUGGGGAAAAAAACAACAACAAAACAAGCAAAAAAAUCUUACCAUUUCAUUAUCUAGCACUGAUUAUUUUAAGUAAUGUUGCCACUAUUUUGAAAUGCACAUGUGUUUUCAUCAUAGCAUUAUCUGAUUAUGGUACAUAUACUGUCCCAGGAUUUUUCUACUACUAAGUAUCCCACAAAGAUGAAAUGUUUGUGGCUUGAACAUCUGAAAGUGUUACCUAAUUAAUUGUGUUAAAUUUGUACUUUGGUCAUGCUACUCUAGUACAGAUGGUCUCCAACAAUUAUUCCAAAUCAAGGAUUAUUAAGAAAUGAAUCUAAGAGAAUGAAAACAUGUUCAUUUUAAUAUUUGAUGUACAAAAUGUACAUACACGUACUUGUAUCGGGCAGAAAAAAUCACACUGUUGUCAAUUGUCGUGCAUUUAUUAUACAUUCAUGUAUAUUGAUAAAGUCAAAGCAUUUUACUCAUUGUGAUGAUAAAGAUAGGUGGCAUACAGUGUUAAAUAAAGAAAAACAGAAUUUUGUCAAUAACAUCAUCAAAUCUCUUCUCGGUAUCUACAGAACUAUGAAAAUGAUGACCCAAUAUAAUUUGUCUUUAUUAAGUAAAUGUUUACCUAAGCUCUAAAAUGUGAACAAUUACAUCACGCAGGAUUACCGGUAUGUCGAAUGAUACUAUUGAAGCACAGAGUCUUACCUAAGAAGUCCUUGUGAUUUGUAUUGCUUGAAAUUCUGGUUUAUAAAAUUCUACAGAUGUGGGAUGGUGCGAUGGGAAGAAGAUAUAGAUAAUCCAUCUGAGCCUAUAGCUACCAUUUAUUUUUUAAAUAUCAAUCAUACCACAAAACACAUAUGUUUUCUUACCUGCACAGGUGUGCACACGUACAUUAACACAUUAUAAUUAGUUCAGAUGUAUCGUGUAUGUGUGUACAAUAAAAUGUAUGCAUAAAGAUCUAUUUGUUUUGUGAAUAGUAAAUAUUUUGAAAACAACUAUUUGAUAUACUCAUUUAUAAAUUGCCAUACAAAUCAUUUAAAUUUGUUAUUUAAUGAAUUGAAACUGCUGAAGUUUGGGGAAUUUGACUGUUGUAGGCAUCUGGGACAAUUCAGUUCCUUAUUAUUGAGCCUUUGUCGGUCCUUAGUAUAUCAUCUGUCUUCAGGUUUUCCUCUGUAAAACUACCUGUUUAAAGUUACUGCUAAACUGGCAAAAGUAAUCAUCUCAUAAGUCAGAACAGGUUUCUGUUUUUAUACAUAUUUAAAUUCCAAGUCCAAGAUGUCUGCUUUGUUGUUUGAUUUGCCAAGACAUUUUCCAUUGUCAAUUUCCAUUAGAUUAUUUUCACCUACAGCUUUUCCUCUCCUGGCCCUGGCCGAGUGUAGCUUUUUAUCAUAAUUCGUCAGGUCAGUUAUAAAUCCAAGACGGUUCCAAAUUAUCGGACAGUAUGAUAGUUCAGUAUUUAACAGGUGAACGAAACCAGCCUCUUCUUAAAUUACAUUUUUGAAAUCCAAAGAUAACAUGUGAACCCUUGAAUUUUCGAGGAUGGUUAUUAUUGAAUAAAUUGUAAUUAAUGAUCAUAGUAUUCUAUGCAUUUCUCCCUGUUGUAACUUGUAUGUUUUACAUAAUGCAUAGUAAUGUACUUGGUAAAUGUGGGGUUUCUAACCUGAUAAUUGUUUUUGUUAAUAAAUAUUUCUACAAUCAGA